AGACAGGGGUCAGCAGGGUGGAGGACAGGACUCACUACUGGCAGGACAGAGGACAGGACUCACUACUGGCAGGACAGAGGACAGGGCUCACUGCUGGCAGGACAGAGGACAGGGCUCACUGCUGGCAGGACAGAGGACAGGGGUCACUGCUGGCAGAGCAGAGGACAGGGGCCACUAUUGGUAGGACAGAGGACAGGGGUCACUACUGGUAGGACAGAGGACAGGGGUCACUGCUGGCAGGACAGAGGACAGGGGACACUGCUGGCAGGGAAAAGGACAGGGGUCACUGCUGGCAGGACAGAGGACAGGGGACACUGCUGGCAGGACAGAGGACAGGGGUCACUGCUGGCAGGGCAGAGGACAGGGGUCACUGCUGGCAGGGAAAAGGACAGGGGUCACUGCUGGCAGGACAGAGGACAGGGCUCACUGCUGGCAGGACAGAGGACAGGAGUCACUACUGGCAGGACAAGG